AUGGCUGCCACCAUCCCUCCGAAGGUGUCAGACUCCCCUGCAAACGGCUCAGCAGCCAAGAAGGGCCCAACACUGGUGGUGCCACAGCAGCGCGCGCACACCAUCACGAAGGAGCGCCUGGCGAUCGUUCAGUCCAUGGAUGGCUGGGCGGAGGAUACGCUCCUCCCGCUGCUGAAGCCCGUGGAAGGCAGCUGGCAGCCUCAGGACUACCUGCCCCACCCUGAGCAAGACUCCUUUCUCGAUGAACUUGCUGACCUGCAGGCCAGAGCAGCAACGCUCCCAGACGACUACCUGGUGUGCCUCGUGGGAGAUAUGAUUACAGAGGAGGCCCUCCCCACCUACCAAACCAUGCUCAAUACCCUUGAUGGGACUAAAGACGAAACGGGCGCCAGCCCGAGCCCGUGGGCGGUGUGGACGAGGAAAUGGACGGCGGAGGAGAAUCGGCACGGAGAUCUGCUGAAUCGGUAUCUGUAUCUGACCGGGCGGGUGGAUAUGCGGGCGGUGGAGAAGACCAUCAACUACCUGAUUGGCUCGGGGAUGGACCCCAAGACGGAGAACAACCCGUACCUUGGCUUCGUCUACACGUCCUUCCAGGAGCGGGCGACCUUCAUUUCCCACGGCAACACGGCGCGCCACGCCAAGGAGUUUGGAGAUGACCGGCUGGCCGUGAUAUGUGGCAUGAUAGCCGCGGAUGAGAAGAGGCACGAGAAGGCGUACUGUGCGAUCGUGUCACGGUUGUAUGAGCUCGAUCCGUCCGGGGCGAUGCUGGCGUUUGAAGACAUGAUGAGGAAACAGGUGCACUUCAAAAGUCAUGCCAAAUCAACAUAUGCUUCCUUGUCCCUUCUCUCCCAUAAGCUCCCAUUUCCCUUCUUUCCCUUAUGCGUUUCCCUGCUCUCCCAUAUGCUCCCAUAUCCCUUCUUUCCCAUAUGCUCCGGUUUCCCUUCUCUCCCAUAUGCUCCCAUUUCCCUUCGCUCCCAUAUGUGCCCAUUCCCCUUCUCUCCCGUAUGUGCCAUUUCCCUCCUUUCCCAUAUGCUCCCAUUUUCCUUCUCUCCCAUAUGCUCCCACUUCCCUUACCUCCCAUGUGCGCCUAAUUCCCUUCUCUCCCGUAUGUGCCCAUUUCCCUUCCCUCCCGUAUGCUCCCAUUUCCCUUCUCUCACAUCUGCUGCCACUUCCCUUCUCUCCCAUCUGCUCCGAUUACCCUUCUUUCCCUUGUGCAUCGACUACCACUACAUUUUCUUCAUGCAAGCUCACAUUAACUCGUUGACUUCUCACCUCAUGUACGAUGGGGAGAACCCAGAACUUUUCGACGAUUUCUCCGCUGUAGCACAGCGCACGGGGGUGUACACUGCCGGAGACUACGCUGAUAUAAUGGAGCACCUUAUAGCGGUGUGGGAUGUAGAGAAGAUGGAGGGACUGUCUCCGGAAGCGGCACGUGCGCAGGAGUUCGUCUGCAAGCUGCCGCCCAGGAUCAGGAGGUUGGCGGAGCGGGCGGCGGAUAAGGUGAAGAAGGGCGGCCCACAGACUGGCAAGUUCAGCUGGGUUUUCAACAGGGAGGUGAAGCUUGUGUAA